UCGCCCGCCACCGAAAGAAGCGAAGCGAAACCCUAAACUCUCUCUCUCUCUCUCUCUCUCUCUCUCUCUGUGUCUCUGUUUCUUUCUACGCAGCUGCUAUGGAGCUUCGUUCUCGGAAGAUUUCGGAAGGAUCGGCCGCGGCGGAGAUCCGUUCCCUUAAGAUUUCGAAAGGAUCAAACAAAGGCGAUCAGACAAUGGAUUCAGGGAUGUUGGGUUUCAUAUCGAAGAAGGAACUCGCCUGCUCAGAGGUGGGGAUCAGCUCUUAUUGCGAGAACCCGCAGUCGUCAGAUCCUUCCAGCGCCUUGCAGACUCCACAGAAGCCUGCGACUUCGCGGCCAAAUCGGCGUUAUGCGCGAUCCGUGGAAGACGUGAGGCGAAUAGCCAAAAGCAUCUGCGUGGAGAAGAAAGAUUGUGAAGUGCAAUGCAAAUCCUCUGUGAAAGUUGCAAAACGGAAACCGAUGGUCAAACUCCCAUCAAAGUAUGAAGGCUUAUGUAAUCAAUUUGAUUCGAUGGUCAGUUCCAUAAGAUUGCUUAAGCUGAAAGGUUAUGCGUCGACUUUUGCGAAUAUUUGUUCAUCUGUUCAGGCUUUGACUAAUAAGGGAUUCUCUCAGAGUCAACUGGCGCAGCUAAAAUAUCUGAUGCCAGAAGCCAUUGACAUUAGGACCACACUUGUACAAGAUGAGAAGACAAGCUGUGUGAAGUCUGAGCUUCUGGUUGCAUUACAACCAGACGCACUAAAAGACAGCAUACUUGGGGUUAAUGGAGACAGCUACUUGGCUUUAAGCACAGUGGUCCGAUCUCGGUUGUCCACAUUUAUAAAAUCAAGGCCAGAGGGUGAUGAAAUCCCAGAAGAAACUUUACCAGAACCGUUCAAUCAAAGAACACAAUCAAUACUGAGUGAAGCAACGCUUAACAACCAGUGUGGCACGGAAAAGAACUCAGUAAUUUCAAGUGCUAGUAGCUCACCAAUUGAAACCCCCGCGCAAUUACCUUUAGGGUGUUUUACAAGUAGUUUCCAAAAACGCUUCUCACAGAGAGCUAUCUUUUCAAAAUCUGAGAAAACCCAGUUAUUAUCUCUGACCACACCAAACAGCUCCGAUGUUGAAGAUAUCUCCAAUGCUGUUAGUUCACCGCCUAAUACUUGGAGGUCAUCUGCCAAACAUGUUGCAGCCUCCAAUUUGACAUCCUUCAGCAUUGAAAGAUUAUCAAGAUUUUCCACUUGCACUGAUUCAAACCUAGAGAAAAAUUCUAUGCACUGCCAGGGCCUUUAUUCAACUCCACUUGCUCCUUCAAAGAUGAAGAGUGAACCAUGUUCUCAUGCAGAAGAAUUUGCUGGAUCUGAGGUUGGUUUGUCACAAAUUGACUGCACUCCAGCAAGGCUUAUGUCUAACACACCUGAUCCAUCGACCCCUAAGCGAGCUAAAAUGACUCCAGAGAGCAAUGCUACACCAUGUAUCAAAGCACCAAGGCAUAUGAUUAAGCGAACAUUAAAUUUUCCUUCACCCGUACACUCAAUGGAGAAAGAAAGGAAAAUGAGAAGGUUUUCUCUGGAUGAAGACAUUGUUAGAUCCCUUCCUUCAACACUACUUCAGUCGUUGGAAGCGAAAGAGAAGAUGAGGGUGGAAAAUGAGGCAGCGAUUCCUGAAGCGAAUUUGCAUCAGAAGAUGAUCAAGCUCCCCAAGUUAUUUGAUAUGAUCUAUCUCAUAUUUCAGUCUGCUAAAUGUUCAGUGUUAACAAAACAGGAGCUCUUAUUCAAGAUAACUACGCAGAACCUUGACAUUGUUGACCAGAGAGAGACUGAAGAACAGCUGAAACUAUUGGUAGAGCUAAUUCCAGAUUGGAUUUGUGGGAAGAAAGCAUCAAGUGGGGAUUCCAUAUUUUGCAUCAACAAGAUUGCGGACCCCGAAUCCUUGCGGGCCAGGCUAGUCGAAGCUGGGAAAGUAGGCAGCUGAUAAUUAAAUCCAUGUAAAUUUUCUCUUUUCGAUAAUAAUGGCCAUCGCAGAUGGCAUGGUGAAAUGAGCUGCUCCUAUUAGCUUGUCAAUAUGUUCUAGACAGGCAAAAAUCUGGAAGCUUUUGCCUCGAUUGGUGCCACUUUUGUCUGAUGAGGUUGUGAAGCAGGCCUCCCUUCUCACUGUAACAUAUAGCAUAUGAAGGAAAAUUUCCUUGAAGAUUCCUCA